UUUGCUAAUUUACACGGCCACUUCAUCCUUAUUGCUUUCUUUCAAGGAAGUCGUAUUCGACAGUUUCCUGUCUCCCAACUUUUUAUCCUGUUUCUUGGUUUUGUCUCUCGCCGAUAUAACAGUAAUUCGUUAAGCUCCCCUUCCAGAAACAUGCCGACUUCAACAAGUGUAUUAGCAAUUGAAAACAAGAUGAUCUCGGAAAAUGGAGUUCAACAGGUUGAAUUACUUAAUGGGGUCGAGGAUUUAUAUGGUGGCAUCAUUAUAGAUAUAGAGGAAGCUAUGGAAUCCGAGGCAUUCACCUUUUCACUUAGUGCUUCAGUAUUACAAUGGAAACAGCAAGGGAAGAGGGCUGUUUGGAUUAAAUUGCAUAUUCAACUCGUUAAUUUGGUUGAACCCUCGGUUAAGGAAGGGUUUAGGUACCACCAUGCUGAACCAGAUUAUCUAAUGCUUGUGAAUUGGAUCAGUGAUUCGACCAGUACGAUUCCUGAAAAUGCUUCACACCGUGUGGGGAUUGGUGCUUUUAUCGUCAAUGAAAAAAGAGAGGUGCUGGUGGUUCAAGAGAAUAAUGGCAAGUUCAAAGGCAAAGGUGUCUGGAAAUUCCCUACUGGAGUUGUUAACGAGGGUGAAGAUAUUUCCAUAGCAGCAAUCAGGGAAGUUAAAGAAGAGACGGGGAUCGACACUGAGUUCGUGGAAGUUUUAGCAUUUAGGCAAAGCCACAGGUCCUACUUUACGAAAUCGGAUUUGUUUUUCGUUUGCAUGUUGCGUCCACUCACCUUUUACAUCCAGAAGCAAGAUACGGAGAUUAAAGCAGCACAGUGGAUGCCAUUCAACGAGUAUGCUGCCCAACCUUUUGUCCAGAAACAUGAUGCCUUUAGUAGUGUUGCCGAUGUAUGCUUAACCAAGUUGGAGACGGAAUACGUCGGAUUCUCCCCUGUUCCGAGAACCACAGCUUCAGGGAAAACUAGUCACUUGUACUUAAGCAGGAGAGAUCUGAACAACCUGUAAGCAGCAAUGCCAAUGUCAUUGAUAAUGAAUAAGUGUUUCACGCAUACUUGCAAUGCUGUCAUAUAGCAUGUUAUGUCUAUUAAAAAAAACAGGGCACCAGAACAUGGGCAAAGCGAAUUUCCAGGAUAGCAACUUUGAUAUAUUGUUUCUACAUCUGCAUGUGAGAUAUUUUAAAAUAAGACGGAUAUUGCAU